AUGAUAGGUUUCUGUGAAAUCCCGACGAACCACCAAACGCCGACUGCCAAAAUAACCGACAUCAACGACUACAUCAAAUCCAUGGGUGCGACAUUCCUCGACGUAGACGCAAGAGACCUAGGUUUUUUCACGCGAGACGGGUUGCAUUACAAUAAAGGUGGUCUUGGACGCUUGGCUGCAACCAUCAAGAAAUGGGCGAGAGAAAACGGGCACACGUACGAGGCACCUCCAGGAAACCAAAAACAACGCCGUUAUCAGGAGACCCGGCCAUACAAAAAAGGACGAAAUAUACCGUGGAAGCAAGCAGAUCCAUCGCAGCAGUUACUCAACCUACUGCUGGCAAGCCUUGGCAAAAAUCGAGCAGGAGUGUCUGUUUUAAUAAAGAAUAAACAUUCAGACUUCUUUUCCCACAUUAAAAGUGCAUCCUCAAACAUAAUUUGGAGUCUUCUAAAAGGACAUUUAUUUGGUGUAUAUUCCGACAUUUAUCUAGCGGCGGUUUAUUUACCCCCACUUCAGUCUCAGCGAAAAGCGGGCGAAGACGUCCUUUGCGUUUUAGAACAAGAAAUACACAAAUUUUCCGCACCAGGCCAAAUUAUUUUACUUGGUAAUUUCAAUGCUAGGAUUGGAACCUUGAAUGACUUUAUCGAAAAUGAUUGUCAAGAUUUUAUAGCAGCCGAUAACGCAUAUAAUCUUGAUAAGAACUGGCCAAAACGAAACAAUGCGGAUUACAGCUUGAACAAAUUAGGAGGCGAGAUUACACAAAUACGGAAUUCAAGGAAAAGCCUUGAAUGUCAGUCCACGUAUUCCUCAAUUAAGAGAUGUGUUAAAAUUGACCAGAACACACUUACAGACCUAUUUUCAUUUACCAAGGGGAUAAGGCAAGGUGAUGGUUUAAGCCCAGUUUUAUUUUCUUUAUUUAUGAAUGAUUUACCGCAAUAUUUUAAACAGAACAAAUGCCCAGGUGUAGUGUUAGGAAAUCGAUCUCUAAACUGCUUAACGUAUGCAGAUGAUUUGCUAGUAAUCAGCCCUCCUUCAGAAGGGUUGCAACGGUCGCUUGAUGUAAUUCAUAAACAUGCUCAAAAUUGGAAGCUCAAAGUUAACACCAAAAAGUAAAACAUUAUUAUAUUCAGUGGUAACGGACAAAACAAGAACGAGGUAAAUUUUAGAUAUGACAAUGAAACUUUAGAAAGUGUUGAGAAACAAACAUAUUUAGGUAUAGAAAUGACGUCAUCUGGUCGUUACACCUAUGCAAGAGAAAUUCUUAGCAAAAAAGCCAUCAAAGUUCUCUCGAUAAUAAAUCGAUCCUUCCCUAAUAUGGAUGAUACAGCAACAAUAACGAUUAAGAACAAACUCUUUAAUGCCCUGGUCAAACCCGUGUCACUUUACGCAUGCGAAAUUUGGGGACCGGAACUAUUAGCAUACAAAACACCUUUUGAUAAAAGUACAACUGAACAAGUUCAUAUAAAGGUUUGUAAACAGUCAUUAAACGUUCCAUGGUAUACAGAAAAUAUUGCUUGUAGAGCAGAGCUUGGGCGGUAUCCUUUAAGCAUCGACAUAAAAGCAUCAAUCUUCAGCUACGGGCAAAGAUUGAAGCAUUCCACUAACAACGUUUUGUUACGAGAAGCAUUUCAAUAUGCAACAAAACAUAAAACUUUCUUUGACAUUCAACAGAAUGAAGAAAUCAAUAAAAAGUGUAAAAUAAAAGAACCAGCAACCCAGCAACACAUCAAGAAUGCACGACUAGUUAUAAAGAAAACACUCAAGAAUCAAUAUUCAGAAUCAAUAUUUAGAAUCAAUACAGAACUGGCUUGAAACCCCAGAAUGGGUCAUGAACAAGUUUAAGAGAGAAAUUUACACAAAAGGAAGUUAAAAAUAAUUAUCAAUUUGAAAACUGCCUAACAUUAAUUACAAAGCCAGCACACAGAAUUAGCCUGACAAGGCUUAGAUUAGGAUGUUAUGCAUUACGAAUACAAACUGGCAAAUAUGAAAAUUGAGGAGCAUUAAUCCCAGUAGAAGAGCGAACAUGUUUAGUAUGCAAAGAAAAUUGCUCACUCACUCACUCGCUAGCUCGCUCGCUCGCUCGCUCGCUCACGCACGCACGC